UUGGCAGGGUCCGGAUUUUAAACAGCAGAAUGCGUUGUGUGUAUCUGAGAGCGAGCAGAAGCCCAAGCCCCGCCCCGCCCCUUGUCCAGGUGUUGGGCUACGUAAGCGAAGCUCCAGCACGCCCAGGCGAGCUGCCCCUUGCCGAAUGGAGCCCUCCCGGGACGCUCCGGAGCCGGCUAUUUCCACCCGGGGUCCUGCCCAGGCCCGCCUCCUCUGCGUCCGGAGAGACGCGUGUUCGCGACCGGGGAGCCGACAGCGGAGCGGGCUCGUCCCCGGCGCUCCCGGCGGCGUCCUGCCCAGGCGGAGCUGCCUGCUCGCGGCACCGGAAGAUCCUGCGCCUUCAGCCACGUGGCUGGGCCGUGGGCGGGCGAGGAGGCGGUAGUGGCGGCGGCGGCUAGUGGUGCCGCCGCUGCCGCCUGCCCGGGAGCGUAGCGGUGGCUGCUCCCGCCGAUCCGCAGGUGGUGGCGGACGAAGAGCUGGGCCGCGGCUGCAGCAUGGGCUGGGUGCCGGAGCGGGGCCGGCUGGCGGCGGGGCUGCUGGCCAACCUUGCCUCGUCCAUCUGCAUCGUCUUCUUGAACAAGUGGCUGUACGUGCGCACCGGCUUCCCCAACCUGAGCCUGACGCUGGUGCACUUCGCCGUCACCUGGCUGGGGCUGUACGCCUGCCAGGCGCUGGACAUCUUCGCCCCCAGGAGCUUGCGCGCCCGCCAGGUGCUGCCCCUGGCGCUCAGCUUCUGCGGCUUCGUCGUCUUCACCAACCUGUCCCUGCAGAACAACACCAUCGGCACCUACCAGCUGGCCAAGGCCAUGACCACGCCGGUCAUCGUGCUCAUCCAGAGCCUGGCCUACGGCAAGACCUUCCCCACCCGCAUCAAGCUGACCCUGAUUCCUAUUACCUUAGGUGUUUUCCUAAAUUCCUAUUAUGAUGUGAAAUUUAACUUUCUUGGAAUGGUAUUUGCUUCACUUGGUGUUCUAGUUACUUCCCUUUAUCAAGUGUGGGUAGGAGCCAAGCAACAUGAGCUGCAAGUGAACUCAAUGCAGUUGCUGUAUUAUCAAGCCCCGAUGUCUUGUGGCAUGUUGCUGUGUAUCGUACCCUUCUUUGAGCCAGUGUUUGGAGAAGGUGGAAUUUUUGGACCAUGGACACUUUCUGCCGUGUUUAUGGUGCUGCUGUCUGGAAUAAUAGCCUUUAUGGUGAACCUGUCUAUUUACUGGAUCAUUGGGAAUACUUCACCAGUCACGUACAAUAUGUUUGGACACUUCAAAUUCUGCAUUACCCUCCUGGGAGGGUACCUCCUAUUUAAGGACCCUUUGUCCAUCAAUCAAGGUCUUGGGAUUGCAUGCACAUUGUUUGGCAUUUUAGCUUACACCCACUUCAAACUCAGUGAACAAGAUGGAAGUAAGAGCAAAUUGGUUCAGCGUCCAUAGAUCAAGGAUUGAUGUGGGAAGAGAUGUUUGGAACAUGUACUGAUUUUAAAACAAGCAGAAUAGCUGGAUUAGACAAUAGCUGCCUCCUGUUACUAAUGAGGGAACUGUAAUUAUGUUCUUUGAAAAAGUCAGGCAUUACGUGAAAUUCAUCUUUUAUAAUCACAAUCUAUGGUUUGAUUUAAUAACAUGUAAAUAGUUCAUGUAAUGGGCUGUUCGUGUUGAAUUACAGUGGCAAUUCUAAGAAAACUCUCCUGUUUAUACCAAAUGAACUCAUUAGAACAGAUGGGAGCUUAAAUGCCAAAGGAAUUAAUUUUUCCUUCUGAUCAUGUCAGUAUUACAUCUGUUAGAAAGUUUAGAGAAGAUUCUGUAUGCUGAUGUUGUGAAAUCAAAUGAAUGUUGUUUCUUCUUGACUUGAUGGUAAAAUCAAUUUUUGUAGCUUUUUUAAAAUGCACUGUUGAAUGUAGUCUUUGUUUCUAACAUGUGUGGAUACCUUUAACUUUUCCAUGCUGAAGAUCCAAUAGAAGCAAUAAUUCUGGAGGUUUGGAGUCUAACUGCACCAAAUUCUAGUAUUCCAUUUUUAAGACAUUGGAACAGUCUGAUCCUUCAUAGUGUUAUUUUGUUUCUGAAACUAGGAAACAUUUUGAAGCUCAGUGCAGGGCUGGGCAGGCUCCUAUAAUCUGAAAUAUGUUUAUAGCCCAAAAAUGGCCAACGUAAGAGGGUAGAUUUCUUAUGUCCCAUCAUCUAGAGCCUGUGCAGAUGUAGAGCUUAUGUUUCCUUAAAGAAUUUACUUAUAUCCUCCCAUCUUGUGUAGAACUUCUUCUUGGCCUUAACUAUGCUUAAAUGUUGGGUCUGCAGAAAUUAAUACUAUGAAGAGUUUGCUCUUUACAAGAAUUUUUUACUCAGUCUGUUUUUUUCAAAUCCUGGUUAAACAUGAACAAUACUUUGUAUUAACAUUGGUGUUGACAUAAACCCAACUACGACUAAGUUACCCUGAGAGGGGUGGGAUCUGCAUGGGAGUGGGGAAUAGUUGGUGGGGGGAAGCACGUGUUCUAAAGCCUCCCCCUUAAAAUCAGUAAGCAAUCAGGACAGCUGCAUUGGGACCGAUGCCUUGUAAUUGAAAUGCAGAAGCUUGAACCAGAAGAUGGAAUGCUUUAAUAAGAUGACAUGGCGAGAAAUGUCUCAUAUCUGUAAAAUAUUAAACUGGGGGAGGGACUUCUAGGAGGAACUGAAAUAUCCGUAGUAAUUAGGUUUUUUUCUAAAUUAAAUGCAUUUAUUUCUUUAAAAGAAGUGUAUCAUACCAAUUUAGUACUAAAAAACUUUAGAAAUCUAACAUCCUUUAUGGGAAUUGGACAAUUUAUAGUAUGUCAGAGUGGAGAAGUGAAAAUCUGGGAUAAACUGACAGGUGGACUACUAUUGCUAAGGUUGAAGGUGGUAGCUGGCUUACAUGACAGGAUUUAUAUCUUACAUAGGGUUCAGACAGGCAGCACUAACUUUAAAAAGUAACCAUCUUAAACAGCAAUGUGACUGUAAACAGUUACUAAUAUUCUUGGAAAUGCUCACAGGGUACUUUAUAUUUAAACUUCUGUUCUAUCAGAAAUAAAAUAUGAGACUUUCUUUUUAAAUUUACCCAUUUGUGUUUCAUAAAGGCUUUGGAGCUUUUGGUUCUUCAAUUGUCCUGGCAUUUUUCUCUUCUAUAGAGGGGACAAGCCCUGACGUUACUGAGGACUGUGUGCCUUUGCUCCACAGUUACAAACAGAUUCCCAUUCUGACAGAAGACUGCUACCACAUGUUUAGGGAGUACAUAGGUUUUGCCUCAGAACUUGCAAACUCCAUUUUACACUAAAUCUAUAAGAACAAUGACAUUAAAAUGCCAUUUGGGUUUUUUAAAAAAACUCACAUUUAAAAGCGAUAACUUGUUGCACUGCCUGUAUUGCAUUUUGUCUUGGUUCCUUUCAUUUCAAAAGGAAACUUGAUAUGAACUGGAACAAAUAACUGAAUUCUGCAGCAUCCUUUUAGAAGUGACUGGAUGCUUAUGAUAUCCCACAGGGUGUCCUUGUGCAAUAAAAACAAAAGAUGAGUUUGUCAAGUGUUUUGUAAUUUCUUAAGUAAUUGAUACAGUUUUGGAUUGAUUUUUCCAGUGUUAUGAUAGCCAAACCGUUCCAUCUCAUGACAAACUGAAGGGUUUUUUUAAAAAAAUUACAUGCUCAUGUACCUGUAUUUCACAUUAAAAAUAGGCUGCAGUGUUUGGUCUUCAAGUGCAUAGUGUUUCAAUGUAUGCACAGAUAUAGUAAUUUGCACUUAAGCUUGUGCUGUGCACAAGAUUUUCUGGAAUGUAAAUAUACCACAGGGAUCUGUUUAGUCAAAAACAGGUACCUAUAUAAAGGUCACAAAAUAGCAUCUAACCACGGUGUGGAUUAAAGAGCUAUAAUAUUCUUGUAAGUCAAUCCUGUGUCUGCAGAUGUGUUUAUAAAAAUGCUAACUAUACCAAUAGUGUCUUUUCUUCAGACUAGGUGUGUAGGGGUGUGUGUAUGUCUUCCCCCUGAAAUAUAGACACAGGAGAGAUUUGUGGUUCUUCAUCCCUUUACACUGUUAUCAUUUGCAGUUGUAAGAUAACAUUAUUGUAAAUACAGUGUACUAUACGAAUGUAUGGGGUACAAAUGGCAGGACUGGAGUUGGUACUUGGUGGCAAAAAUGUAAAUUAACGAUGUGCUAAAAUAUAUAUGCAAUAUAUGCAUCCUGUAGUAAAUAGAAUGAAGAUAGGAUUCCUUUCUUUAUGGGAAGUCUGUUUUGUGUGUGUUUUUUGCUUACUGUGAAUAAACUGGUUCUUGACAUCAGCCUUGACUAUGACUUCUGUCUUUGAGGCAGCACGCUUAUUUGUAUGGCUGGCAAGUUGGAAAAAGUUUCAGCUCAAAAAAGUGUAAGCAGCUGCUUUAUUCUUUAUUCUUCUCUUUAAGAACAUGGUAUUGUUAAUGUUGGGAAGACAUUAUGGAACAAGAUGAAAGCUGAAUCGCUUCUAUAAUUCUGUAAGUGACCUUUGGAUGUAUGGCAGUAUAUUUAACGCUAUAGUUUGAUCUGCGUUUGCAUACUCUUUUAGGGCCAAAGCAGCCACUGCCACUGACCAUACUACUUUGUCAGGACAGAAAAUGCUGUUUUAUUCAAUAAACUGUUUAUACUGCUGCUCA